UACACACAGGGAGGCAGGAAGCUGGGUGAAGGUGAUACCGAACAUGAUCUGAUUCAUUCCUUGGAUGAACUUUGCAAAGAAUAUGAUCCCGAAACAGCCAGACAAGCUAUACAAACAAUGUUGACGCUGGCAAAGUAAGCAUGCUACCCAUCAUCUUGUUUUCAUUGAGCUUUAAUUGUGUUAGGAAUGAAUGUAUUUAAUUUCAGACAGACCUAUUGUAGAUAUAUCGCCCUUAUGGUCAGCUGUUUAUGGGCUACUGCGUAGAAAUCUGAGCACGCAACAAGCCGAAUAUUUCAUACAUGACUCAACCUGAGGCUGAUGCCUACAUUUAUAUUCUGACGGUUCUGAUAUAUCCCUGGAUUAUAUGUUACAGGUCAAAUGUGAUUUCAGGUUAAUUUUGAUUUGCCCUACACCUUCCUUAGCUUUAAUUUUUAUUGGAUGUAAGUUUUAUGUAUAAGGGGUCGGCAAAAGUUGUUGUUGUUGUUGAUGAUGAUGAUUCUGCAUUUCCUUUGUCUGAGUCCGAGCCCAAGGAGAUGAAGGAAAUCGAGAAUCAACCGAGGCUGAAAAAACUUAAUCUGAUCAAAUCAAAAUAUAUUCUCAGAUUUGGCAAAAGCAUAAGCAUGCGUGGCAUCUCAUGAGCAUCUGUGAUGGAUCCAAAUGGUACUGUGUCAGCUGAGGUGUGGCCUGCGAACGGCAGACGUUUCUCCUCGCUCAUCGCCUCUGAGGGGCAUUUCGCAAGUAGGAACGUCUGCGACUCAGCAACAGAGAUUCCAUACUGAUGACGCAAAAUCUGUCCGGAAUCCGGUCAGAAGCACUAAUUGCUUGACGCAGUAGUUUUAUUGUUUUAGCUUUUGUUUACGAAGGACAGACAAAAGACAAAAAGCUGCAAAGGUCAAAUGUAAACGCAAUGAAUCUCUAACAAAACAGCCAAUAUUUGUGGAAUAAAGUCUUCUCUAGAAGAAGCAUCUGAGUUUUGCUGGAGCUCAUUCACAGAUGAACACAACACUUUAUCAAAAUCAACCAGAAGAAACAUAAAAUUGAACAAAUUUGCAUUUAAAACCCAUGACUACCGGAUUUAUUAUGUAAACAUUGAUUUACGUCAUCAGUAUGGAAUUUCUGUCGCUGAGUCACAAACGUUCUUUCUCACGAAACAUCCCUCAGCGGCGAUGAGCGAGGAGAAACGUCUGCCAUUCACAGGCUAGCUGAGGUGGGAAUAUUGGGGUGAGGGUAGACUGCUAUCAUUCUCUCAGGAUCAGUGAUUUUGUUACCUCUGCAUCCUGCAUCCCUGAUACAUAAAAAUCCCUAAAGAUGCAAAAUAAUUCAUGGUAAGCACCCCAUAGGACACAAAGAUUGAUAGAUCGAUCAAUCUGAUCAUGUGUAUAUAUAAUUGUAGAAAUAUCCUGUUCGUGUAAUUUCUGUGGCAGGUGUGAUGGCGGUUGUUGAAGGAUGCAUAUUUCUUUUAGCCUUUGUUGUGCUUUAAAGUAGAAGGACUACAUUUUAAUUUCAGUGUACAGUCAAACCUCUUUAAUACGGACACCAAAGGGACAGAACUAAGUGUCUGCUUUACUGAGGUGUCCGUAUUAUAGAGGUAGGGAAUAAAGGAUUUUUGUCAUUUCUGGGACCAAACGAAUUGUUCGUAAUAGAGAGGUGUCCGUAUUAUAGAAGUGUCCGUAAGGAGAGGUUGGACUGUACUAUAAUACAGAGUUUUGGAGUCUGUCUUCAGAUUAACUGUCUGGUUACAUAAAGGCCCAAGCAUUUUCAAUUUUGGAUUUGUCUUUUUUAACUGGGACUCAUGAUUUUUCACAAGAAGAGUCCCAGGACUCACCAUUUAUAACUAUUUGUAACAAAAUCACUGCAGGAUGUUUUGGGUUGAGCAUGUGUCAAGUGCUAGUGAAUGAGGCAAACACAUUAGGGAGAAAACUCCCUUCUUGUCUAAGUCACUCUCUUGAAUCCUGCUAAGGCUAGACUCAACAGACUGGAAAGGGGCUGCUUGUAAUAUAGGGGAAGGGGGUGAUAUACUGGGAUAUUGAUUGAGAUGGACUUGAAGAAUGCAUUGUUCAGACUUGAAGGAAUAAAUUAUUAACUAAUUNUUUAACUGGGACUCAUGAUUUUUCACAAGAAGAGUCCCAGGACUCACCAUUUAUAACUAUUUGUAACAAAAUCACUGCAGGAUGUUUUGGGUUGAGCAUGUGUCAAGUGCUAGUGAAUGAGGCAAACACAUUGGGGAGAAAACUCCCUUCUUGUCUAAGUCACUCUCUUGAAUCCUGCUAAGGCUAGACUCAACAGACUGGAAAGGGGCUGCUUGCAAUAUAGGGGAAGGGGGUGAUAUAUUGGGAUAUUGAUUGAGAUGGACUUGAAGAAUGCAUUGUUCAGACUUGAAGGAAUAAUUUAUUAACUAAUUGCAUAUUGUAAAAUUUAAUUUAACUUAAUUUAAUUUUAAGGCCAUAAACUGUUUUAACUCCUUAUUCCAUGGCUAUACUCUAGCAAUGCCCAGUUGCCAUUGGGACCUUACCUUUACUAUUGAGUAACUAGAAAAUCGUAGUUUUUCAUAGAAAUUCUAUGCUGGGCACCUUGGAUUUCAGAGCACUAGGCUCCCUUCAAUUUCUCUAAAGAGCACAGCCUUGUACUGUGUUUCUGUUAAUUUAAACUUACUCUUUUUUAGCAAUAUCAUUAAAUCUCCUGAAGAUGAAAAGUACCGCAAGGUAAAAACCCAAAACAAGGCCUUUUCAUCAAAAGUUUGGAGCCUUCCUGAAGCUCAGGAAUUUCUUCUUCUCUGGGGCUGGGAUCAGGUAUGGAAGUUGAUGAUUGCUUGCUUUUGUCAACAGUCAGAUGAUAAUAAUAAAAAUAAUAAUAAUAAUAAUAAUAAUAAUAAUAACAAUAAUAAUAAUAAUGAUAAUAAUCGCUGUGAUAAUGAUAAUGAUAAUGAUAGUAAUGAAGAGGUGAAGGAAGUUUAUAAGAACCAGACGUCAUAUGGAGUUAUUAGCUCAUUAUAUCUUAACGCUUUUCCUCCACCAGGAAGUCCUUUUCAGGAUAGUUCAUAAGUCAGCCUAUUUCAGGAAUUAAAAAGAAAGCUGAAGGAAAAAAAAAUACAGAAAACUUUUGCCACAAAUAGUUAAUUUAUUUGUAAAUUUUUGUCCUUUACUUUCCCAAUAAAAGAUAAACCAAAUUGAUACUGAUCCUUCCUUGCUUUGUGGAGGGGCGUGUGGCCCAGCAGUUAACACCUUGAACUCCGGAUCUUGAGGUCCGGAGUUCAAGCCUCCCCCGUCGCAUUCACCUUAGACAAGGAACUUUACUCCACUUUGUAUUUUUUCACCCAGGUGUAUUAAAUGGGUACCAGCAACAUACUGCUGGGGGGUAACACUGCAAUGGACUAGCAUCCUGUUCAGGGGGGAGUAGCAAUACUCCUAGGCAUGCUUCAUGCUAAGAAAAUGGGGGUAAGCCCCAGCUGUUUGGGCCUUUGGCUUGUGUGCACCUUAACCUUUACCCCCUUCCUUGCUUUGGCAGGUCGAUGAGUGUGUUGUUCUUUCAUCUGAUGAGGAUGUUCAGUUAAUAAAGCAAAUACUACAGAAGAAAUUAAAGUGAGUUCAGUUUGAUUUAUGCAUGCAAUUGAUUUAUGAAUUGUGUAAAAAUUUCCCACCAAGAAACUUCCUCAUUAAAUCUGAAGUAAAACUGUCAAAAUCCAAUACUGAAUGGCAUUUUCUAAUUUUUGCAUUUUGAGCCUUUUGACCAAAAUUAGUCAAUUAUUUUUGUACCAGUUUCUCAAUUUAGGCUGGUACUUUUAUGAGACAUCGGACACUGUCACAUGACUCCUCCACGGGGAAGAUCACAGAAGCCAGUCUCACACUUUGUUUUUAAGUUGUAAAUAUGUUAAUUUUUAUUGUAAUGAUUAUUACAAAGAAUUCAUCAGAGUGCAGUUGGUGUUCAAAAUAAUUUUUUAUUUUUUAGAUCCAGGUAAAAGUAAAAUGUCAGUGAAAGUCUAUGAAUUUGUUUGCAGUGCCAUUUCUCUGAAGUCACAUGCUGCAGCUGCAAGACCCUCUCGGAAUGAACCUGUGAGUCAAUCAUCAUAAAACUGCCAAAUCAUUUACCUCUUACCGUAAAUCCUCUAUUAAGCCCCCCCCCCCCCCUCUCAAAUAAGCCCCCUUCCUCUAAUAAGCCCCCCUUUUCAGGGGAAGAAAGUUAUUGAGUUCUCCUGUCUCUAUUAAGCCCCCCCCUCCCCCCGUCCCCACACCCCUUAUUAUUCUUCACUAGCAAAAUAAUGAUAGACUGUAUUAAUCAAUCAUGACCGUAAAACUUUGUGUGGCCUGAUCCAGGAUGGUUUAUUUACCAAUGGAAGUUCGGAUUUGAUUCUGAUCCUCGGCUGCAUGACCUCCAACCUUCUUGUUCUUGAGCUUCUCUGCUUUGUAUUCUAGUUUUUUUAUGGAGAACUAAGUGUAUAGCCCCCCCAGCCCGGCCCCCGGAAACCAUUCAUCUUUGUUUUCAUUUUGCAGCUUACAGAGAAAGAGAAGCAGCUUCAAGAAGAAAGAAAAAAGUUGAUGGAAAUGAAAAAGCUGGAAGAACAGGAAAAAGCCAGAAUCAAAGCUCAGGUAAUAAUCUUGACAAUAUUCUACAAAGUCAAGACACCUUCUUCUUGAAAAAAUGAUGAAUAUUUAAUUUUCUUAAUUAUUAAGUUUUUUUAGAAGACAUUGCUCCCCUUUUAUUUUAUCACCAAAUUUAAGAAGGAUAACGUACACAAUCUGAAGUAAAGGAAAAAGAAAUUCAUCUGGGUUCAUAAAGUUACAAACAGCUGCUAAAAACAAAAUGAAUAUUUUUAAGAAAAUAAAUAUUUUGCUAAUAUUUUUUUCUCUCAUUUAUUCUUGUAAUAAUUCUCUUCCUAAUAUGUAGAUUUAGCCAAGGUUAAAGGUGAAGCUCCCAUUAAUUAAUUUAUAUUUUACUUCAAACAAUAAACUUGUAACCAUGGUACGGGAAUUUGAGCCUGCGAUCAGUUGAAAACUAGGAACUUGUCAGCGGAUAACUUCAACAAAACAUGCAACCUUGAUGGGUCGAUGUCUGAACCCACAAUAUGGUCAUGUGAUACUGAUCAGCAGAUACCCUGUUUUGACAGCUGUCAAUUGACCACAACAUGGAUGUGCAGUAUCAGGUUGCGGCUCCCAAUCUAGCCAGAAAGUGUGACAUUUCACAUUGGUAACCCUGUGGUGCAGACUGUUGAUCAUGUGACUACCAAAAUUUCUGAGAUGGAUAGAAACCAGAUUUUCUUAGCUAUGGGGCUCCACUCUUGCACAUGGAGUUCAGCUAUGAAAGGGGCUUAAGGACAGAAUUAGUCUAUUAGUGAUACUAGUGAUUAUUAUUUUAUUUUAUUAAUGGGAUGUGGUCCUGUUAUUUUUCAGAUUCAAGCUGACAGAAGAGAUACAAAAGAUAGAGAAUCAAGGGAAUCAGUGAGUUGUACCUCUCAUUCUUUUUGGUGUAUUAAAAUGCACAUUACUGGGAUAAAUGCUUCAACAGUAUAUCAUUAUAUCUAACUUUUGUUUUAUAUCUCAGAGAGCAAGAAAACUUGAUAAGUUUGGUGGAAAGAUGACCAAAUUCGAAGACAUUGGUGUGGAUCUUAACAAGGUAAAGGUGCAA